AUGUACGAGGAAGUUCGUUUAUGGAAAAACUCUCGUGUACGUGAACGAUAUGAUAAUAUGGCUGAUGUAUUUUCAAUAAUAACAACAUUACAAGCACUUGAAAAAGCUUAUAUCAAAGAUCUUGUUGAACCAGUAGAAUAUACAAAAAAUUGUGAAAAUUUGUUAGCUAAAUUUGUCGCUGCAUUUCGUGCAAUUGAAAGUGAAUUUCCUCGUAUUGAAGAUUUUGUUCGACAAUAUAAACUUGAUUGUCCAGCAGCUUUAUUACGUAUUCGUGAAGGUCGUCCAAUAACAGUUCGUGAUGAUCGUGGUAAUAUGGGUAAAGCUAUUGCAGAAACUGUUUCACUUCAAACAGAUGUUCGUGAUUUGUUAGAUGUUAUUAAUCGAAUGAAUUUAAUUCCAUCAAAUUAUAUUGGUCGAGAAAAAAUUCCAAAAUGGUUGAAUAUAUUAGAAAAAAUGAAUGCAGCUGAAGAAAUAACUGACGAUCAAGCACGUCAAUUUCAAAUGGAUCUUGAAAUUUGUUUUAGUGAAUUUAAUCGACUUCUUUCAUCGAAUGGAUAA